AGAAGUGACUUCUCCAAAAAGUGUCUUAGUUCGCAGUCACCUGAGUUCCGGGAGAGUCGGCUGAGGUAGGCUUCCCGGGGACCGCCUCUGCGGGUUCUGCCUGGAGAGCUGCCCUCUUCGCCUGUCCUUCGGCUUCGCUACCCCGAACCCUCCACCGGCCUGUCCUUUCCCUCCUGUCCUUUCCCAGACGCGCACGGACCGGGCCGAGCCGGGCCGAGCCGGGCCGCCUGGGCGCGGUCCUUGACCAUGGCGUCCUUCUUCAAGAAGAAAACCGUGGAUGAUGUAAUAAAGGAACAGAAUCGAGAGUUACGAGGUACACAGAGGGCUAUAAGCAGAGAUCGAGCAGCUUUAGAGAAACAAGAAAAACAGCUGGAAUUAGAAAUUAAGAAGAUGGCCAAAAUUGGUAAUAAAGAAGCUUGCAGAGUCUUGGCCAAACAGCUUGUACAACUACGGAAACAAAAAACAAGAACUUUUGCUGUAAGUUCAAAAGUCACUUCUAUGUCCACACAGACGAAAGUGAUGAAUUCCCAGAUGAAGAUGGCUGGUGCAAUGUCCACUACAGCAAAGACAAUGCAGGCAGUUAACAAGAAGGUGGAUCCACAAAAGACAUUACAGACAAUGCAGAAUUUCCAGAAGGAAAACAUGAAAAUGGAAAUGACUGAAGAAAUGAUCAAUGACACACUUGAUGACAUCUUUGAUGGCUCUGAUGAUGAAGAGGAGAGCCAAGAUAUUGUGAAUCAAGUUCUUGAUGAAAUUGGAAUUGAAAUCUCUGGAAAGAUGGCCAAAGCUCCGUCGGCCGCCCGAAGCUUGCCCUCUGCCUCCACUUCAAAGGCUACCAUCUCGGAUGAGGAGAUUGAACGACAACUCAAAGCUUUAGGAGUAGACUAGUAAAAACAGCAACAAUAUUUUGCUUAUUUAUAAUUAUUUAGUUAUGAUUAUAAACCAGGCAUAUUGCCAAUUUCCUUUACAAAACAUUUAUUUUGCA